AUGUCCUGUCGAGAAAUCCCACGAUGUGAAGUCUCAUUGCACUGUACUCCUGAUGACGCCUGGAUGAUUAUCCGUAAUGAUGUCAUUGACGUCACAAAUUUCCUCGAAGAGCAUCCAGGAGGGGUGGAAAUCCUUCUUGAAUAUACCGGUUGUGAUGCUACGGACGUCUUCGAAAGUGUCGGGCAUUCGAUUGCUGCUCGUAUGCUGGUCGAAAAGUACAAGAUCGGCGUCUUACCUGAACACGAGCAAACCCACACCACUCAGUACAUUUCUGAGGCUAAAGUUAGUAUUAGUGACCAGCUUAUCUUUUAA